AUGUUUGCCCUUCGUCGUACGAUCGUUCCUCAGCUAAGAUGUCGCGUGAUUCCUCAAGUCAACACGAGAGGAUAUGCCAGCCAACCGGUCGAGACCUCAAUACCGGCUCCCGCGGCCGAAGCCCAACAGCAUCGACAAGUUGUACAACAAGUAACGCAGAAUGCCGUAGCUCCUCAAGCUGCCAAAGAGCCACCAGAGGAUGAUGGCUUGUAUUGGACCGCAUUGGGAUUACUGUUGAUCACACCGCCGGUGGUCUGGUUUUACUACCAACAUCGGAAGGAGCAUAUGGGGAGGAAGAAGGAGGAGGUGUUGCAGAAGCUGGCGGAGAAGAGGGCUGCUUUUCAGAAGGAGUUGGGAAAGUGA